AUGGAGAGUGACGAAUGGGUUUGUGAUUUUGCAUUUGCUGUGGACAUAAUGCAGAAGCUGAAUGAACUUAACACAAAACUGCAAGGCAAAGGUAUAUUUGCUCAUGAAUUGUACCUGGAAGUGAAAGGUUUUCAAUGGAAGCUUGGACUUUUUGCCAAGCAGCUGAAUGAGCAAACAUUUAUUCACUUCCCUCUGCUGAAAACACAGUCUGUUACACAAGAAUCAUCGGACAAGUACAGUUCCCAGUUGAUGGCUUUACAAAAGGAAUUCAUUAGAAGAUUUGCUGAUUUCAAGGCAGUUGAAGGCCUGUUCGAUUUGCUUAACUCACCUCUUGCCUGUGACAUUGAAACAACUACCGAGGAACUGCAGAUAGAACUGAUUCAUUUGCAAGCCGACAAUUCUUUAAAUAUGAUGUUUGAAAGUAAACCACUGUUCGAGUUUUAUGCUUCUCUACAUUCAAAAAUGUUUCAAAAUCUAAAAAAAAGUGCAAGAAACGUGUUUUUGUUGUUUGCAUCAACUUACAUAUGUGAGCAGACUUUCUCCAUCAUGAAAAUUAACAAGGGGAAGAAUCGAUCACUUCUCACAGACUCAAAUCUUCAGUCAGUGUUAAGAAUCAGCACAAGCAAUUUGACACCUAAUUUUGACAAACUGACACAGCCACCAACAGAAGCAACGGCAACUGUCUCUGCUGCAUCAACACACCAAAUAUCAACAGUUGUAAGAGGAUGUAGGACACGGUCUCUAAAAGUAUUAGCGAUGCCAACAGUUGAAUUACCAAUAUUCCACAAUAGUUACGCAGCCACAACUAAUAUCGAUACCAUCACUUAA